AUGGCCGACAAGCCAGAGAAUGACGAUGCCACCUGGGUGGACGAGACCUCAGCUGCCUUGCGCGACGCAGGAUACAAAAUUAUCCGAUUUGGCGAAUUCGGCAUGGUCUACGUGGGUCAGGUCGACUACGACAACAAGCCGGAUGGUCAUGGCUACAUGUAUUUGAAGAACGGCGAUGUGCAUGAAUGCGAGUUUCGCAACGGACGAGCCAAUGGCGAAGGCGUCUACGUCUCCAGCAAGGGUAUUGAGUGGAAAGGACGCUGGGAGGCUAACAAGAAGACCGGCCAGUUUGCCGUGGUUGAUAGUACGGGAACGCACUGGACAGAGAAAUAUGACGCCGAAGGCAAGCGUGUGGCACGCAAAAAACUUCGCGAGGCUGUUCCCAAUGAAAAGUUUGUCGCCGGUGGCGAGGAACCUGAAACAAUCGAAGUGGAAGUACCCAAAGACGAGGCCGCCAUGCAGUGUUACUUUUGCAAUGGCAAGGCGCGCGACCGUAACAACCAUGCCUGGGCAUGCCGUGCCCACUCGGGACGCUUCACCGAAGAUCGCACAUAUCGCGGUGAGGGUGAGGCCCCUGGGGUCUGGUCGUGCUGUGGCCGAGAAGAGCGCAGCGAGCCUGGAUGCGCUUUCCGCUCGCACAACUUCAUGUCUGCCUAGCAAGCUCCGGCGACGUGCCACCAAAGACAAAGCAUCACCAACCCACCAAGCUUUUGAAAAGCAAAGCUUCUGCUCGUUGACUCAUGUGUGUGUGUGUGACUGAGGGAUGUUGGGAUUUGAAGCCUCUACCCGUCUUUUCUGAGCUGGAAUCUGUAUGUUGCAGCGCGCAUCUUCAUCAAUGUCGCAACAUCUUUGCGGGGAGAAGGCGGUGACUCGUUCAUGCUAAUACGUGUGCGUAAAAUCCUCAACUGUCAAUUAAAGAGAAAGAU